AUGGAUUCCCGCAUCGCCAGGAUUUGGAUUUUGGUAUUGUUAUGGGGCUGUAUAAACACCCAUUUCGGCUCUUACGCCGCCGUGGUCGAAGACGACGUGAGGUGUGUUCAGAGGCUGAAGCAGUUGCUGAAUGACCCGCUCAGAAAGCUGGCGUCUAGGGAUUUCAGGGACCACACCGUCGGAUUCAUCUGCGAUUUCGUUAGCAUCACCUGCUGGAACAAUCGAGAAAAUCAGAUCUUUAGUUUGGAGCUCCAAGACAUGGAGAUCACCGGCGAGGUCCCAAAGGAUAUCGAGUACUGCGCCAGCCUCACGAAGCUGGAUCUUGGCAGAAAUGAGAUUUUCGAGCCGAUUCCCCCGGAUAUUUACAAUUGGUUGUUGUUUUUUGUGACCCUCGAUUUGUCCGGGCACGACUUCUCCGGCGUGAUCCCGCGGGACCUGCAGCACUAUGAGUAUCUGAACGUUCUGAUCCUUUCGGACAACAAGCUUUCGGGUUCGAUUCCCUAUGAAUUUUCUAGCUUGGGUAGGCUUAAGACGUUUUCAGUGGCGAAUAAUAAGUUGAAGGGGUCUAUCCCUUCGUUUUUCGACGGGUUUGAUAAGGUAGAUUUUGCCGGGAACAGCGGGCUUUGCGGCGGGCCUCUCGAGUUGAAGUGUGGUGGUUUGAGCAAGAAAUCAACAGGGUCGAGAAUGGUGACGGCGAUUGGAAUCGGAAUGGGGUUUCAUUGA